CAAAAUAAUUAAUUGUUUUUGGCAUAAGAUUAUAAUUUAAUUUAAAAUAGCCUCUGAACUGGACCACAACGAAAAUAAUAAAUUUAUUUUUCUGGGUUGGGAAGGGUUUAAGCAGGGUUUUGAAGAUGAAUCAAUUUCUGAGAAAGGCUUUGAUCUCUUCUAGCCGCAACUCAGUUUUUCGGACCCUAGCUUAUGCGGCUUCCGGGUCGGGUCUUCUCGAUGCUUCUUUCAAAAAUUUAGAUUCUGGUGUUGCAGAUGUAUCACUAUCAAUCUCAGAGGCUUUGAUCUCUUUGCGCCCUUCAUCGGAGUUCGGUAAUCAGCCGAUAUAUUUAUCCAGAGUUAGUCCUGUUCCAGCGGCGGAUAUAAGCAAAGAGACUUCUGGUUUUGUUGGAGAUGCUCCAAAACCAUGCUGUGGAUGUUUGGGUAGGGAUACUAUAGCCAAUGCGGCUGCUAAGGUCGGUCCUGCUGUUGUUAAUCUAUAUGUUCCACAAGGUAUGUAUUUGGUGAGUGUUUUUUCGAGUUAUGUUGUAAUUGUAAUUCUUGCCUUUCUUGGAUAAUUGUUGAACAUUUAUGUGUAUCGAAAAUGUGUAUGAAUGAAGACCUUUCUUA